GUCAUCACAUCACCACGGUAUGUAAAUUAAAUGCCAAUAUGGGCUCUGGGUGGCCCUGCACGCGGUGGGUGCAGUGCAGGACAGGUAACCUGUUGAAUAGGAAGCGACAACUCCAGAGAAAAGCGGCACUAGGACCCAGACCGAUCUAUCCGCUCUUCUCUACGGUAGAGAGCAACUGUGUUCACGACGUACUAGUAGUGUCAGCCGUCCUCACAAGGAAGGAGCAACAUGCUCAUAAAAUAGGUUGUGAAAGGUUCAGCGCGGUCAGCACGAUGACUGAUGGGGACUAUGAUUACCUGAUCAAGCUCCUGGCUCUGGGGGACUCUGGAGUAGGGAAGACAACUUUUCUAUACAGGUACACAGACAACAAGUUCAACCCCAAGUUCAUCACCACGGUGGGAAUAGACUUCAGGGAAAAGAGAGUGGUGUACACGGCGUCGGGCCCCAAUGGAACCACAGGGAAGACUUUUAAAGUUCACCUCCAGCUCUGGGAUACGGCUGGACAGGAAAGGUUCCGGAGUCUAACCACAGCCUUCUUCAGAGAUGCCAUGGGCUUCCUGCUCAUGUUUGACCUCACCAGCCAACAGAGCUUUCUCAACGUCCGCAACUGGAUGAGCCAGCUGCAGGCCAAUGCGUACUGUGAGAACCCAGACAUUGUGUUGGUGGGCAACAAGGCAGACCUGGCGGACCAGAGAGAGGUGCAGGAGAAGCACGCUAAGGAACUAGCCGACAAGUACGGGAUCCCGUACUUUGAGACGUCGGCAGCGACGGGGUCUGAGGUGGACAAGGCGGUCAUCACUCUGCUAGACCUGGUCAUGAAGAGGAUGGAGCAGUGUGUCGACAAGCCCACCGCCGAUCCCGCCAACGGGGGAGGAGCCACCAAGCUGGAGGACGCUGCGCCUGACCAGAAGAAGUGUGCAUGUUAGACUUGGCCUCUUCCACGUCCCCUUCUCCCUACUCUGGUUGGUCCUCUAGUGCGCCCUCUGGUGGCCAGACGCAGAAGUGCAGCAGCGUGGCCACAGCAUGAUGUGUGAGGGGGCAGCUCAAGUCAGCCACACUGCAAUGGGGCUGUGGUUCUGGCCUUGCAUGGCCUGUGUGUACUGUGCUGGGCCUGGCUAUGUGUCUCUCCUGCCUGUCCUGUGUUGUGUUGUAUUGUGUCCCAAUUGUCACCUUGUUCCCUUACAUAGGGCAUUACAUUUGACCAGAGCCUAUAAGGUGUGCACUAUGUACAUUGCCUUGGACAUAAUGGACAAGACAGCGGGACGAGCUGAGUUCAUUAUCUCCUAGGUAAUGUACAGAACGGAGGCGUUUAUCCCGCUUAUACCACAGUUGCCAAAGAAAACAAUACUAAAGCACACAUUAUCUGGUGGAAAUGUCUUCAUGGAUAUUUUUUGAAUUGAUUAAAAGUCAAAUUAAUACUUUUUUCCAUCCUCCCAUGAAACCUGAUUUGUUAGUCCGUUGCCAGAGAUGCGACUCGGUUGCUCAGUCUUUCUGUUUCUAUGGACGUUUUUAUUCGGUUGCCCUGCUGACUUGCUUGCUAGCUAUUGAACUAUUUUUUUUUUAAACACAAUCACGUCAACCUCUGCAGCCAGAAUAACGGUAAAGUAGCUGCGUUUGCGUGAGCUGUUUUCUAGCGACAAUUCAUUUGGAGACAUCCAUAACAAUGAGCUGAUGAUGAUGAUGAUGAUGAUGAUGAUGAGCGAUUUUGGCAUUGAAUAGUUUGCGUUCGCGUCAGGACACACUGUUCAUUAUGAGGAGAGCGCAUUGCAUAUUUACAUUUUGAGUCAUUUGGCAGACACUCUUGCUCAAGGGCACGUUGUUCACCUUGUCCGCUCGGGGAUUCGAACCAGAGACCUUUCGGGUUAACUUCUAGGCUAGCUGCCGCCCUUAUCGAACACGUCAAACACUAGGCUUGAAUGUAGCCAAACAGUUUGUUGCUAGCAAACAUGCCAAUAUGACCAAUGGAAUUUAACAAUAUCAGUCGCUGAAAACAGGUGUUAAAAAUAGAAAAGUGGGCGGGUUCGACAGCAUAGCGCCACUCGCUUCAUGAUUGCAACAUUGAAGGACCGGGAAAAAUGUAUGUUCAUCCCAUCACGCACCACGUUAGGUUCAUCAGAGGUCUCUGUGGAAAAAAAAAUAAAUGAAUGCUAGCUAGCUAGUUAGCUAUGUUUUUCCUUGUUGGACCUGUGUUUACAAUGUAUCCAAUAUCGGUUUGUGUGGUUGUUGGUUUAUCUUUCUGUAACUACAGUCUGCUUGUGGAGUGCUUUAUAAUGCGCCAUGAUCAGGUAUCCCAUAUAAAUAUGUCCCAGAGACAUCCAACUGUCUUCUAUAUUUGGUUUUAAUGCCCAUUCUAGAAUGCCCUUCUAGCCAAUCAGAAACGAGUAUUCAACAAUGCUGUGGUAUAAAUAGGGAAUAGGUUGCCAUUUGGGACAAAAGCCUGGCCUACCGGAGGCCUAUGUUUUAUAAGACUUUAUAUCCUCAUGUUGUUUAGAAGUAUUUGUCCAAUCUAAUCUACUGCCUCGGCUUUUAAGGCCCCAUCCGUACGGUACCAAUAUUAAAAUCUAAUCUACUGCCUUGGCUUCUAAGGCCCCAUCCAUACGGUACCAAUAUUAAAAUCUAAUCUACUGCCUUGGCUUCUAAGGCCCCAUCGGUACGGUACCAAUAUUAAAAUCUAAUCUACUGCCUUGGCUUCUAAGGCCCCAUCCGUACGGUACCAAUAUUAAAAUCUAAUCUACUGCCUUGGCUUCUAAGGCCCCAUCGGUACGGUUCCAAUAUUAAAAUCUAAUCUACUGCCUUGGCUUCUAAGGCCCCAUCGGUACGGUACCAAUAUUAAAAUCUAAUCUACUGCCUUGGCUUCUAAGGCCCCAUCCAUACGGUACCAAUAUUAAAAUCUAAUCUACUGCCUUGGCUUCUAAGGCCCCAUCGGUACGGUACCAAUAUUAAAAUCUAAUCUACUGCCUUGGCUUCUAAGGCCCCAUCCAUACGGUACCAAUAUUAAAAUCUAAUCUACUGCCUUGGCUUCUAAGGCCCCAUCCAUACGGUACCAAUAUUAAAAUCUAAUCUACUGCCUUGGCUUCUAAGGCCCCAUCCGUACGGUACCAAUAUUAAAAUCUAAUCUACUGCCUUGGCUUCUAAGGCCCCAUCGGUACGGUUCCAAUAUUAAAAUCUAAUCUACUGCCUUGGCUUCUAAGGCCCCAUCCAUACGGUACCAAUAUUAAAAUCUAAUCUACUGCCUUGGCUUCUAAGGCCCCAUCCAUACGGUACCAAUAUUAAAAUCUAAUCUACUGCCUUGGCUUCUAAGGCCCCAUCCAUACGGUACCAAUAUUAAAAUCUAAUCUACUGCCUUGGCUUCUAAGGCCCCAUCCAUACGGUACCAAUAUUAAAAUCAGUUAUUUAUAUAUGAUUUUUAAAUUUAAAGUUCCUAUUCUAGAGUUGUAUGUUUAUUAACUUUUUUUUUGUUUUAGAUUAGAUUGUUAUUAUUAUUAUUACAGUAAAUCUAAUCAGUUAGAUUACGGUUCAACACACUCAUUAAAUUUACAGUAAAUGUGAUCCCCCCCAUUUAACAGUACUUUUUGACAACUGCAGUGUAUAGCUAAAUGUGCAUAAAAGACAGUAAGGUAUGAUCAACUUUAUGAUAUUGUAAUAUCACUCAGUCAAGACUGAUAUAAUAUUACUGUCAGGAAAAUACAUCGCCAAGCAGUAAAUAUCUCAUUGAUGAUGAUGCUGUUGGUCUGUCUGUCUGUCUGUCUGUCUGUGCCAAAAUUAAUUGGUCGCGUACACAUAUUUUGCCUAUAUUAUUUUGGGUGUAGCGAAAUGCUUGUGUUCCUAGCUCCAACAGUGCAGUAGUAUCUAACCAGGUCAGAGGUGUCUGUCUGUCUGUGGCCUUUUUGACAUUCCUAGCUACUAAUCUCGUGUGACAGACUUUUAACAUCAAAUCUAGCUACAGUAGUUGGCUAGUGCACGCAAGAUGUAGUUCUGUGUUCCGUGAGGAUGUUGCUGUGGAAUGUAGCAUGGCCACAUCUACCAGCGUUUACAGGACUUACUCCACUUCGCACGGCCUGGCUAGUGACAACACAAGUGUUCAACAACCACUGCCCCCAACCCCCCCACCUGAAUGUAACAUCCUCAACUUUUCUAUAACACAAUAAUAACAUGAUGGCAGAUAGGGACCAAGACAGACAGGCAGUCAGUGUUAACAACUAGUAUUGUGUUUAAGACAAGACAAAAGUCCAUAAUGUAGUAUCUGUUCUGUAUAUAACUGAUGUGGAAUUAGUGUUUAAUAAACCUGAUUGGAGGACAUGUUUGCCUUUAAAAAAAAUAAAAAUAAUAAGAUUCUG